GGGCUGUUUAUUCUCUCAGUGCUCUGAGCCAGAGGGGAGACCUCGAUCAGGAUUAGUUUGUUAGCAAACACUCCACCGCCCGUAGUAGAAAUGUCCGGCUUCGGGAACAAAUUCAGUUCUUAUUCUUUGACGCAGUUAAACGAAUUACUUGAAGACGAUGAAAAGCUCAACAAAAUUGUUCAAGAAAUGGAUGAGAUCCGGGAGGUGCAGCAGACCAAGGAGAUGACCCUGGCCAGUAACCGCAGCCUGGCAGAGCAGAACCUGGGGCUCCAGCCCAGACUGGACUCUCAGAAGAAUGAGCUCACCAAACGCUACCGCUGCCUACAGGAGCUGUUUGAGGCCUACCAGCUGCGCAAGUCCACUUUAGAUCAGAGUUCUGGGAACGGCUCACUGGACACCCUGCUGGCCCUGCUGCAGGCGGAAGGAGCCAAAAUCGAGGAGGAGACAGAAAACAUGGCAGACUCCUUCCUGGAGGGGGAGGUGUCCCUGGACACCUUCAUCGAUGAGUACCAGAGCAAGAGGAAGCUGGCCCACCUGCGGAGAGUGAAGAUCGACAAGCUGCAGGAGAUGGUGCUGAAGGGUCACCGGCUGCCGCAGGCCGCAGCUCCGUCCGCCCGCCAGGAGGUCCCCGCCGCGCCCGCCUCUUUCCGCAAAGACUCCAGCAGCUCUCCGGUGCCUCAGCCCAGGAGAGCACCUCCCCCUCCGCCCGCUCAGAUGGCCCCGGCGGCCGCCCCGCAGCCCGCCCCCCUCUUCUACCCCGCCACUCCCUACCCCCCCAUCCCCCCCAGGGUGAGCAACCCGCUGCCGAAUCACACCCAGGGCUACCCCCACGCCCCAGUGCCCUUCGUCCCCCAGUACCCCCCGGCACUGCCUCAGAGGCCACCCCACCGCAUGGCUCCACAGCCUGGCUUCAUCAUGCAGUGACGGGGCCUCCGCCCUGCAGAGCUCGGCCUGCUGCAUCUGAGGUACGGCGUGUGUGUUCCUGGGGUCUCUCUCUUCACCGGCGUGGCAGAGGAACGUGCAGGGGAGUACAUCGUCCUUUGUCUGUCUGGAUAUCUCAACAACCAUGGCAGCACUUACAGCAAAGCUGUGAAUCUGAGCAUAUUUGUGGAGGAGUGAUUCUGCACUCUUCCAUGUUUGAAUCCAAUCAGGAGGGGAGGGGGGGUUGAUUACAAUGUCUUUAUCCAUAGUUGAUUUCAUGUUUUUUUUUUAGCUGAAAAAGACUUGGUAGAUCAAGCAUUUUACAUACUGUCAUGUCAAGGUAUCCUUCCCCAUUACUUCUGUUGAUUUUGGUUACCCGUACUAUAUGUGUCAAAAGAGAAAAACAAACAGGUUGUGUUCAUUUUUUUAAAUUCCCAUGUUUUGACUGAAGAAAGCUUUACAUCGGUUCAGACCACAGGAGACAGUGGAUACUUGAUUAGAAGCUGGAAAGGCAGGAGUAAAUCUAGAUGCAAACAGACCUUACUGUGCUGUUUUAUACAUGUGAAAAGCAAAUAACUUGUUUUUGCCAUCCUAUUGGAAAGAAUUGAACAUUUUUGAUGACCAGGUUCAUUUUACAAACCGGCAACCAAAGAUGUUUUUACUUUACUGUGCCGUUUUCCUGUUAGAUUAGAUAAAUCAAUUAGAUAGGACUUACAGUACUUCCAACUAAUUGAAAACUGGAUUACAUAUGUUCAAAGUUUCUGGAUGGAGUGAAUUACCAGGAAUCCAUCAGAAAAGUAACUCCUUCUGUGUAUGCAUUAUGGCAAUUCACAUUUUGCCAAACUUAUUUCCCAUCUGUAAGGAUUCUAAACUGCAUAUCUACAACGUUAGGAAGUUACAGCAGAGAUACAGAUGUCCUCUCACAGUUCCCCUAAUGGUUGAUAAGCUUGCUUCAGGUGCAGCUUAGGGAGGAAAGGAAUGCUGUAAGCGAAAGUUCCCCCCUUCAGUCUCAGCUGGGCAUGUUGUUUGUGUGUGGUUUAGGGGGUGAAGCCUAGUACCCAGGCCCCUCCCAUUGUCCCCAGCAGAGUGCACUGUGGGGGUAUAUAGGACCCAUGUAAGUUGUGGCUCAGGGGUGCAGAGCGUUGACAAGCCAUCCGUUUCAUUUGCGUCUGCAGUCACGACUGUGCCAGCUGUCACCCUGUAAGCAGCAAUAAAGGCCACCAAGCAUGGUGCUCCUCUCCAGGAAUGUGUGUGUGCACUACAGGAGUGUGUGUGUGUGUGUGUGUGUGUGUGUGUGUGUGUGUGUGUGUGUGUGUGUGUGUGUAUUUUAUACUAUAGUAUAGCCUUUCAUUCUAUAGUAAGCCUAUAGUAUGCCUCACCUGGCAAUUAUACUCCUUCUCACUUACUCCUUGAAACGCCAACUGAGAUGUCUUUCUUCACAUAAAACCAAUAUGCAUAUAAAAUGUGACCAUUUGUAUAUACGUAUAUGUUUAAGGGAGUCGAUCUUAAAUCAAAGAGCUGCUCUAUGGAAACUUGACAUUUCUACCUGUCUAGUAACAUAUUUCUCAGUGUUUGAGUAUCAACAUUUCCGACUUCUUUGGAUUAUUUUGCACCAAUUCUCCCCAGCCUCCUGCCCCCAGUAAAUAGUGGAUAUAAUGAUCAUUAUUAUUAUUGCAACUACUAUAACCACCUGAGAGGAUACACCAGCACGCACGGCUGCAGUUGCAGUAUAAAGGUACGUUGGCGUGUUGAACUGGGUUUCAGAGAUGUGCUGUGUCUCGGUGGGAUCAGAAUUUAUGUAACUACAAUUACCAGGUUGUAGGGCCCUCGUUUUAUUACAUACAUUAUGUCAUAUCUCUUCAGGUCACAUUGUGGUUUAGUUUUUCUUGUCAGAUAUUUGCCUGCUGGAUGUCACUUUUAUUUUCACGUAUUUAGAUAACCACCUCCAUGGUUAAAUCCAGUGUGCAAGGUUUUUGGGCCUAGUAGGUUGCACUUCCACCCAGACUUGAUGGAACAGUAUGGUUUCAUUUCGCUGAGCUGGUGCACAUCGAUAUGAUAUGUCCCUCAUAAUCAGGAGGUGUGAGAAAAUAAUUCAGUAGCAUAAAAAGUAAUUAUGUGUCUGUCAUUAUGUGAACAUCUGAAGUAACCUAACUUAGAUUAGCACUACAGCAGAGGGGAAUUCCCGGUGGUGUUUGGGAUGCUCGUACUUAAGUCUGCCAUAUUAUCCCUCUCUACAGAUUGAAAACACUGACGCAAAGCCACUGUGUGCCUGUACUGAGCAGAGGGCCGGAGUCGAACUUGUCCUCGUUGCCCACUUAACUCCAUCAGGUGUGGGUCUUCCUGUCCCCUUCGGUUCUGUGAGUCCUUGUUGACCACAGAGCUUUGGCAGCAGGCACUGGCUAGGUCCCAGCUCCUCCCGAGUGCAGAGCAGCUCAGGGCACGGUUUCAGCGGGAGGGAGGAGUCCCUCUGUCGGGGUCCCACUCUUACAACUGGUGCUACUGCGCUGCAGCCAGGUCGCAUGUGAAUGACGACCUCCUCAGGGUGCUGGUCUGCUGCUGGCAAUACUCUUUCCACAGACACACUCCACUGGCAUUGUCUGGGAAGGAAGCGGUAUUGUUCUUGUGCACAUCUUUUGGUUCAUCGGCCUGAGGGAGUUUGGCUGCAUUUAGCAAAGAUAUUCAUUUUUUGAGUUACUGUUGAAAUCAGUGGACGUUUGUGUGUGUUGCACCACAUAUCAAAUGUCAGCAACAAUGUGGGGAAAUAACUGGUACAGCUUGGUGAGCAGUGGUGGGACAUUGAGGCUUCAGAAUGGAUAUAAUGGCUGAAGCUGUUAUGUGCUGACUUGUUAGAACCAAUCAAAAUACUUGACUCUUCACCGAAAAAUACUAUGUUUGGUUUAAAUCAGUAAGGCAUUGACAGUACAUGGUAGCUCUACCCAUUAUGGAGUUCAUAAAGCCUCAUUCUCCUUACUAUUUUUAGUUGUACAUUCUAGUGAGAAGCCAGGCUGAGUCAUCCACAACUGUAGGUGCAGAAAAGCCAUUUGCCAAUGUCGUCACAAAGAAAAAAAAAAUUGCCAAACUAACUGACAAAGACCUAGCAUGUUAUUUACCAUAAAUGUAGCUAUAGCCAUCCCUUUCUGUGUUCAUUUUAUUUUUAUCAGAAUUUGCAAGAUUUGGCACUCCUGUCUGCUGUAAACAUUUAGGACAGGUCUGUGACACAAGGGCCUGGGUAAAAUUGUAAAUCCCUCAGAAAUAGCUGUUUUAUAAUGUAAAAUAUUAUCUUUUACACUCCUA